UUGUAGAUAACUCUUUUCUUAGCAUGCCUUUCUUUUUUUUUAUAAUUUUUUUUCCCUUUCUUUUUUCUUCUGUUAUUGUAUAUGAUAUGGCUUUGAAAGCGAAUAAAACAGUCAUCGAUUCAAAAUAAGCUUUCGACCCAUAGAGCGAUGAGAUGUCAUGGUGAAACGAUUGCUUUCCUAUUCCGCGGGAGAAGAGUUGAUCUCGCACUUCUAGACUUGCCGGCGCGUGGUUGCACCUCAAAAAGGUAAUAUAUGCAUCUGUUACGAGUAACCACAUCACCAAAAAACUGUGAACCCUAAUCUCACUUGGAGUCACCCUUGCGUUGGGUAGCCUUUACCAAAUAUGGAAGUGUCCGUUCGCCGUUUUCGUUUCGACUAUUCCGGUAAUUUCCUUAUCGUGCUCUUCCAUGCAAAAAUUACCCCAUCCAUUCAAAAUGGCUCGACUGUAAAUUAUACUUCCAAGUGCAAACUAAAAAAGUUUCCACUAAACCAUUGUAGCAACCUGAUCUUUGGAGGUGAGCGUAAUGAAUUGUCUUUUUUGGCCAAUCACAUUAGCAACCUGUCGAUAGUUCAUCCGUUCCAACCGACCAAAAGUACAUUUGAGUAAUGAAGGAGGAUGGGCUGCUGGGCUUGAAAUGGGAAAAUGACCGUGUGCAAGAGGUUAGUAUUGAUUUAAAAUCCGCCAAUGGCAGGGGAUCGGCCCGUUCAGGAAUAACCCAGUCACGACGACUCGCCAGCAGCCACGUAAAGACAGAGUGCAUAAAUUGAUUUUGACACC